UCUUGUAAAAAUUUGAAUCAUAUCUAGUGUCGUUUGUUUACUGUAGCCCUUUUGAGACAGGGCGGGUGUGGUGCACAACAAGCAGAUGGCGCAGGUGCAGCAGCCAUAAGAAAUAGUGGAAUGUGGAAAUAGGGAAAUCACAUGCCAGCGAUGCCGGUGCAAAGGAUGUAGGGAAAUGCCUCCAAACAACGCCUAUUUCACUAGGACUGGAUGGAGCAGCAAGAGAAGCUCAACGCGUGCAAGGCUGAGAAAAACGUCGCCAUCCGAAAGAGAAGAAAUGUGCCUUCCACUGAGGAGACUGCAAAGAAACGUGCGAAGUAUCCUGCCAUGGAGGAAGAACUUGCCGCAUGGAUAGCAGAGGAGCGCAAACAAGGGAACAUCAUGAACUCUCCGUUUGCUUGCAAAGUAUGCCAAAAAACCUUCACAGGUCCAGAACCAUAUCAGCAGCACUUGGCGUCGGAGAGGCACAAGAAAAAAUGCACCUCUGCUGUGCCAUUUGAAAACCUGACUUGGAAGCCACACAGCGCCAAUGUGUCUGCGGGAGCUACCGGCAUGCAGCAGAGCCAUGGCCUUUGUUGUAUUUCCUGCUGUGUUCACUUCAAAUCUGUCCGUGAGGCCCUUGCGCACUACGAGUCGGAAGAUCAUAGGAAACGAAAGACAAUCGCGCUGCAGCCUGUGCAACAGACAAAGCCAAAAAUUGUGGAAGCCACGCAGACACCUAUGCUAGGCAUAAAGCCAAUUCUGCCAGGCUCCAUACUCGUGUGUCAGGCAGAUGAGGACUUUACGGAGUUUUGCAAACGCCACGGUCUUUAGGCGUAAUUUGUUAAUAGCACGAGUAAAAUAAAAUUUGUGUUUAUAAGGUUACAA